CAAGGCCCAAUCUUCAGCUGUUUAUGCAAAUCAGAACAGGAAAGUCUUGCUUGGCCAAGUCCUUCCUUGAAUCUUGGCCUGAUGCUAUGCUUCACCAAUCUUGUGACCGGUGUCUGCAGGCUCAACAUUUGUCUGCUAACGGAAGGCUCUUUCUUGUCUCCGACGGAAGCUCUGUGAGGCCGGCAGCAGCUGUGGAUGUCCAGGGAGCACAGGCGGGCCAGCCAGAUGAGUGGAGAGUGGGUGCACCCAGGCCAGAUCCUGGUCUGGGCUGUUUGGGUCCUUGCAGUUGCCGCUGAGGGGCCAGCCGGAGACGCACCCACCAGGAACACCAGGCUGGGCUGGGUCCGGGGGAAGCAAGCCACGGUGCUGGGAAGCGCCAGGCCUGUGAAUGUGUUCCUCGGGCUCCCCUAUGCUGCACCCCCGCUAGGACCCCUGAGAUUCACAAACCCACAGCCUGCGUCGCCCUGGAAUGGCAUCCGAGACGCCACAUCCUACCCUAAUAUGUGCUUCCAGAACUCAGAUUGGCUGGUCUCAGAUCAGCACAUCCUCCUGGUGCGUUACCCCAAAUUGGGAGUGUCGGAAGACUGCCUGUACCUGAACAUCUUUGCACCAGCCGGUGCAGACUCCGGCUCCAAGUUCCCGGUCAUGGUGUGGCUUCCAGGGGGUUCCUUCCAGAGCGGCUCCGCCUCCAUCUUCGAUGGGUCGGCCCUCGCUGCCUAUGAGGAUGUGCUGGUUGUGACUACCCAGUACCGGCUAGGAAUAUUUGGCUUCUUCAACACAGGGGACAGUCACGCGAGGGGGAACUGGGCCUUCAUGGACCAGCUGGCCACCCUGACCUGGGUGAAGGAGAACAUCGAGUUCUUCGGUGGGGACCCAGGCUCCGUGACCAUCUUCGGCGAGUCGGCGGGAGCCAUGAGCGUGUCCGGCCUUGUUCUGUCCCCACUGGCCGAGGGCUUAUUCCACAAAGCUAUCAUGCAGAGCGGGGUGGCCGUCCUCCCCUACCUGAAGGCCCCGGUGGAAGAGAGGAAUAAGGAUCUGCAGGUGAUUGCAAAUAUCUGCGGUUUCAGAGCGAUCGACUCGGUGGCCCUGCUGCGGUGCCUGAGGGCCAAGUCCUCCCAGGAGCUGCUGGGCAUCAGCCAGAUAGCCAAGUCUUUCACGCGAAUGGUGGAUGGUUUAUUCUUUCCCGAGGAGCCUAUGGAGCUGCUGAUUAAAAGAGCAUUCCGUCCGAUUCCUUCUAUCAUCGGGAUCAAUAACCACGAGUGCGGCUUCUUGCUGCCCAUGAAGGAAUUCCCUGAGAUCCUCAAGGGCACCAACAAGUCCCUCGCCCUGCAGCUGGUGCAAACACUCCUGCACAUGCCCAGCCAGUAUUUACACUACGUGGCGGAUGAGUAUUUCUACGGAGAGCAAUCCAUUUUUGAAAUACGAAAUAACUUUCUGGACUUGCUUGGAGAUGUGUUCUUUGUGGUCCCGGGGCUGGUCACGGCUCAAAAUCACAGAGAUGCGGGCGCCCCCGUGUACUUCUAUGAGUUCCAGCACCGGCCGGACAGCUUCAAGGACAGCAAGCCGGCUUUCGUCAAAGCCGAUCACACGGACGAAAUCCGCUUUGUGUUUGGAGGGGCCUUCCUGAAGGGGGAUGUGGUCAUGUUCGAGAGAGCCACCGAGGAGGAGAAGCUGCUGAGCAGGAAGAUGAUGAAAUACUGGGCCAACUUUGCGCGGACGGGGGAUCCUAACGGAGCUGGCCUGCAUUGGUGGCUGGCUUACGAUAAGAACGAGUACUACCUACAGCUGGCUCUGAACAUGAGUGUGGGACAGGGACUGAGAGCGCAGAAGCUGAAGUUCUGGAGGGAAACCCUCCCCUUGAUCAUGUCCAAGUCCGGAUAGCUGGGUCCUCUUUUCUCCGUAAUCUUUCUUUCCCUGCUUCUGCCGUUCUUUGCCUCUUCUUCUCAUGGAGGAGGGAUCUCCGUGUGAGUUGGAUUUUCCUCCUCUGCUGCAAUUUCUCCCGCUAUCAUUGGCUUCUUUCUGUUGUUCAGCUGCUUUAAGGAAUCAGCUGCUUUCGCUGAUCCUUAGGGAAUUCUCAGCAACAUCAAAAGAGUGCAAUUUGCUUUGAAGGCCACCAGAUUUCUCCCAUACAUCUGCAGGGGGUAGGGGAGGGGGACUGGUCUCUUAGUUGGCAUAAUAAUGAUCGUGUUAUGCAUAUGAAAUAAAAGCAGAAUGUAAAAUA